AUGCCAGAAAGUAAGGCAGAAGAAACAAGUCCCGAACUCAGCGAGAAUCAGAGCACCAGGGCUGGUAUUGUCAGGACAAAACUAAUUCAGGUAAAAUUUUUUUUAUUUUUAUUUUUUUUAGUAUUGAAGAUUGAGUUGAAAAUUAUAAAACCUGUUAGUAAACGUGCCUUUCCUUGUUAUAAAUUUAAUAUUUCCUGGUUAUGUGUUGCAGUGUUUGCAGCCUGCGGCUUGAAAGCCCGGGCGCGAGCUCUUGCAGCUUCAAAAACCAAAAUUUUUAUUUUUUUCGGUAAUUAAUUGCAAUUUUGUUCGUUUUAGCUAAAUUUUAGGCUUAUUCAGUAUCCCUUCAUUUAUCUGUUUGUUGCAUUUUAAAAAUCAUAUUGGUUUCCGCUCUAAAAUUUGUUAAAAUAAUAUUGUUAUAGGUAAACAGCUACGUAGCAGGCGGAGUAAACAAAGUAUUGGCUGAUGAACCAUACUACCAUGGCUUCCUAGGCCCAGAAGAGUGUAAUCCUUUGUUGAGAAAGAAUGGCGAUUUUAUUGGUAAGCUGUUGAGAGAUUUUAAGUUAUAUUAUAUUAUCCAUGGCGUCAAAGUUUCUAAAUUUAAUGAAGAGUUUUUUUAGUGCGCAAAACUGAAUACGAGGGACAACAACCAUAUGUUAUUAGCAUCUACUAUGAUUUGGAAGUGCAUCACUACAAGGUUCAUCAGACUUUGGCUGUGAGUUUUUGUUUUUAUUUGUUUUCAAGGUUUAGGUAAGUGGAAAGCUGAAGAUGGAUAAUAUGUUGCAUAAUUUAUGGUUAUUUUUGGGUUUAUUGUUUUUCAAAGCUAGAUAUUAUAAUAGUGAAACAUUUGGCACAAUAGGAAUUUUUAUUGUUUUCUUUUUUUAAAUGAAGAUAUUAUCAUUUAGUACACUAGUUAUGGUCUUAUUUUUUAGAAACGUCUUUAUUAUGUGAAAGCCUAUGCAUUCAAGACGGUAGUUGACUUGAUUCAUUAUCACUAUCGUAAUCACAAGCCUAUUGCGGAGGACACUUACCUAAAAACUCCUAUUCGAAAAGAAACAUGGCAGCUCUUUCAUGAACAAGUUUCUAGAACCAAGAAGUUGGGCGAAGGCGCUUUUGGUAAGGAGUUUUGAGCAUUUUAGGUAACAAAUUGUAAUUCUUUAUAAUUUUAAUUUUUUGAACUUUAUUUUUAUAUAAAGAAGCUUAAAUUUAAAAUCAUAUAACACCUACUCAACCUAAAACAACAUAGCAACAUAAAAUUUCAGGCGAAGUAUUCCUCGGAGAACUGAAUCUAGACUACAAUUCCAGUAGAAUCCCGGUAGCUGUCAAGUCACUUCAUACGGAUGCAAUCGAAACUGACGAACGUCUCAAGUUCCUUCAAGAAGCCAAUAUCAUGAGAAGAUUGUCUCAUCCGAACAUUGUCAAAUUAUAUGGAGUUUGUACUAGUCAGGAGCCUAUUAUGGUCGUAAUGGAAUUGGCAGCUCAUGGAAGCAUUGUGUCAAAGGUUCAGGACAAAAAGGAUCCGCCUACUGAUGGGUUGAGGGUAAGUUUUUUUUUGGUUUAAAAGGGGGAAAUGGUAGAUUUUAGGUAGAAAAUGGAAGUUUUAGGUAUAUAUUUGGGGAAAAAUGGUUUUUUAGAUACAUUUUUUAUAAAAUAUAUUAAUUUAUAGGUAUAUUUAUAAAUAAAAAUCUAAUUUUAGGUAUAUUUCUGUUACGGAGCAGCCUGUGGCAUGCGAUACCUCGAAUCCAAAGAAACUAUUCACCGUGACAUUGCGGCAAGAAACUGCUUGUUGGGAGAGAACUACGUUCCAAAGAUUAGUGACUUUGGUCUGUCAUUGUUGGGAAGUGCUUUUAGGGAGAAACAGCUAAAACAUUUGCCAAUCCGAUGGCUGGCUCCAGAAACCUUGAGAUUCGGAGCCUACAGCUUCAAGACUGACGUUUGGUCGUUUGGAGUCUUGAUGUGGGAGGUUUACUCGAAUGCAGAAACACCAUAUAAACAUACGGAGAACAAACAGAUCAAGAAGGGAAUUCUGGAUGGCACGGUGAGUAUUUUUGGUGAUGAUUAUGGGUUUAGUUGGCAUGAGAUGUUUGAGAUUAAAACACGUUUUUUUGUUAAUAAAUUUGGGACUAAACUGUUAUUUAUGGUUGAAAAGAUUAAUUUUAGGUAACAAAUAAAACUAAAAUUGUUUUUUAGGUAGUAGAUAUGAUGUUUUGAAGUAAGUUUUGGAUUUUUUAAACUUUGAACUCAAGUGUUUUUUAUUUUUAGCUCAAACUCCGUGAUGUUGAAAUAAUGCCUCAGGCCAUCAAGGAAGUCAUGGACAAUUGUCUGAUCAGAAAUGGAAAUGAAAGACCAAGCUUUGCCGAACUGGUCGAUAUGCUUCGUCCAAUCAACGAACAAUAUAACCCUCCAACUUUUAUGCAAAGACUCAAGAGAAUUUGCGGAAAGGAGUAA